AGGGAGUCCUCUUCGACCCAUGUUGAUACGUCACAGACAUGUCUAGUCUAAGCCUCGUAGAAGUCGAUUCUCUCGAAGCCCUUGUUAUCAUCGACAAUGAGCUGGAUCCCCUCUCCCCACCUGCCCCGGACACCGUCCAGGUAUCGGGUCUGAUGGGUUCUCUUGCUCUACACUCAACACAUGAAGUAGAUGACCGAGGUGAAGCCAAAAAGGAAUUGCAGAUGGAAGACAUUUGCUGUUCGGCGCAUGGACUGUCCAUCCUUGUGACAGCUACAAAAGGCGAUGUAAAGCACUCAGUUCUGUUCGAUGCAGGUCCUGAAGGCGAGAUAUGGGAGAGGAAUGUCAAGCGGUUACGGCCGGAUCUGUCUUCUGUUGAGCUAGUUCAAUUAUCCCAUUGGCAUCGGGACCAUUCCGGCGGCCUUUCCCGAGCCAUUGAAUUGAUAACCGAGGCCAAAAAAGCCAAGGGUCAUACAGACAAAGUGUCAGUAGAUCUUCAUCCUGACCGUCCCGACUAUCGCGGACUUGCCCUGGGUCCAAGCAUCGUUUCCCUUCAGGCGGAUCCUACCUUCGAGGAACUCGAAGCAGCUGGGGGAGCCAUCCAAAAGCAUGAUGAGGCACACACUGUGCUUGACAACUUCUUUCUGGUCUCUGGCGAAAUCCCCCGCCAGACGGCGUAUGAAAACGGUGUCAAAGGAGGUAUGCGCUUUGACAAGGAGGAAAAGGAUUGGUUUUCUGAUGAGCUUAUUUCCGACGAGCGUUUUCUCAUGUGUAAUCUUAAGGGCAAAGGAGUCGUCCUGUUCACAGGCUGCAGUCAUGCAGGUGUCGUCAAUUGCUCUCGACAUGCGGUUGAAAGCCUCGAUGGCUCUGUUCCUCUUUAUGCGGUUGUUGGGGGCUUUCAUCUUGCUACUAGCACUGCAGCCGACACGGAAAGUACUGUCAAAGACCUUCAGAGACUAGACCCUGCUGUUCUGCUGCCGGGGCAUUGCUCUGGUUGGAGGGCUAAGUUUGCGAUUGAGAAACAUAUGCCUGGGAGUCUGGUACCUUGCACUGUGGGUGCGAGGAUUUCUUUCUAGUGGCAUUUCUUGCGUGUUGCAGUAUAUCAUAGGCCGCCUUGUCCCUGGGCUUUCAUUGGGAUAUUCUUCUCUACAGAAGGGACAUCCUGCUUCUACAUAACUUGUCCUCUACUGCUCUACGGUGUUUUCUACUAGAUGGCAAACCUAUCAAUCGAGAUUCAGUUCAAUUGCAGGAGAUAUAUAUUCUCACACAAAACCACAGGUUGGACAGAACUUCUCACUGUCGGAAGGUGGUUCUAUACACAUACACACACAUAUCGAUAUUGCACCUGAUGAAUA